AUGACCUCUUAUGCUACUGCCGCGCUAGUACUUGAUCUGAAACGCGAGAAAACGCUUAUUUGGAAUAAGGAAGGGUCGAAAAUUAUGAAGAUAUCAUAUGGGAUACUGCGAUUCGGAGGGAUAACGGUGAAUGUAAAACUUCGAGAAGCCAUCUACCCCCAUAGCCCUUUCGUGAACAACGUGAUGACCGGUCAAAUGGCGUACAAGCCUGCAGAGACGCCGUUGCUUGCGCUGGCGAGGAGCGUUGCUCCGCAGAGCUGGGCGACGGUCUCGGGUGUCGAGGUGUUGCUUGCGCAGGGGUAUGAGCAGUUUGAGCGGUGGACGGGGCGGAAGGCGCCGAAGGGCGUUGUGCAGAGGGCUGUGUUGGAGAUGUAUAAUGCGAGUAACUGAGUUUGGCUUGUUGGGUUGAGGGCAUACUAGAUUUUUUUCGACGUGUUUUUCUUUCAUUGUAGUGUUUGGGUUUUCGUGUUGUAGGUUACCUCUAGAAUUAUUGAA